AGGUUGAACUCUCUACCCUGGUGUUAAUUCUGGGUUGUUUGGAACCCAGUUUAUCUGAAGGAGUCGGUCUCUGGACUUUCUAGUAAAGGGCGAGCAUAGAUUUGUGGAAAAGGGGGUGCUGUUCCUUUAAAUUCUGAAAGUGAACUUGGCUCAGGAAGGCCAGCGGCUCAAGGUCCAGCCCCUGGAAGAGAGAAUAGCUACAGAUUCUCCAUCCUCAGUCUUUGCAAGGCGACAGCUGUGCCAGCCGGGCUCUGGCAGGCUCCUGGCAGCAUGGCAGUGAAGCUUGGGACCCUCCUGCUGGCCCUUGCCCUGGGCCUGGCCCAGCCGGCCUCUGCCCGCCGGAAGCUGCUGGUGUUUCUGCUGGAUGGUUUUCGUUCAGACUACAUCAGUGAUGAGGCGCUGGAGUCGUUGCCUGGUUUCAAAGAGAUUGUGAGCAGGGGAGUAAAAGUGGAUUACUUGACUCCAGACUUCCCUAGUCUCUCGUAUCCCAAUUACUAUACCCUAAUGACCGGCCGCCAUUGUGAAGUUCAUCAGAUGAUUGGGAACUACAUGUGGGACCCCAACACCAACAAGUCCUUUGACAUUGGCGUCAACAAAGACAGCCUGAUGCCUCUCUGGUGGAAUGGAUCAGAACCUCUGUGGGUCACUCUGACCAAGGCCAAAAGGAAGGUCUACAUGUACUACUGGCCAGGCUGUGAGGUUGAGAUUCUGGGUGUCAGACCCACCUACUGCCUAGAAUAUAAAAAUGUCCCAACGGAUAUCAAUUUUGCCAAUGCAGUCAGCGAUGCUCUUGACUCCUUCAAGAGUGGCAGGGCCGACCUGGCAGCCAUCUACCAUGAGCGCAUCGAUGUGGAAGGCCACCACUACGGGCCUGCAUCCCCGCAGAGGAAAGAUGCCCUCAAGGCUGUCGACACUGUCCUGAAGUACAUGACCAAGUGGAUCCAGGAGCGGGGCCUGCAGGACCGCCUGAACGUCAUCAUUUUCUCGGAUCACGGGAUGACCGACAUUUUCUGGAUGGACAAAGUGAUUGAGCUGAAUAAGUACAUCAGCCUGAAUGACCUGCAGCAAGUGAAGGACCGCGGGCCUGUUGUGAGCCUUUGGCCAGCCCCUGGGAAGUACUCUGAGAUAUAUAACCAACUGAGCACAGUGGAACACAUGACUGUCUAUGAGAAAGAAGCCAUCCCAAGCAGGUUCUAUUACAAGGAAGGGAAGUUUGUCUCUCCUUUGACUUUAGUGGCGGAUGAAGGCUGGUUCAUAACUGAGAAUCGAGAGAUGCUUCCGUUUUGGAUGAAUAGCACCGGCAGGCGGGAAGGUUGGCAGCGUGGAUGGCACGGCUACGACAACGAGCUCAUGGACAUGCGGGGCAUCUUCCUGGCCUUCGGACCUGAUUUCAAAUCCAACUUCAGAGCCGCUCCUAUCAGAUCAGUGGACGUCUACAACGUCAUGUGCAACGUGAUGGGCAUCACCCCGCUGCCCAACAACGGAUCCUGGUCCAGGGUGAUGUGCAUGCUGAAGGGCCGCGCGGGCACCGCCCCACCUGUCCAGCCCAGCCAGUGCGCCCUGGCCCUGAUUCUUCUCUUCCUGCUUGCGUAACUGAUCGUAUUGCUUGUCCCAAAAAAAAACACCAUCAGCAAAGUGGGCCUCCAAAGCCGGAUGAUUUGCAUUUUAUAUGUGAAUAAUAGCUUCAUUAACACAAUCAAGGCCGUGCACAUUGUAAAUAUAUUAUUCUUGGAUAAUUCUAUACAUAAGAGUUCCUACUUGUUAAAAAAGAUACAAACCUUGUUUUUCCAGAAGGUAGGAAAAUCCUAGCUUUCCAUUUGUUCAGUUAUAUGUCAUUUUCUCCUUUCUUUUCACGUUACUCAGGAUGAACUCUCUGAGCAGGGACCUGCUCCCGCAGCAACCAAACUUGGAGUGGAUAUUGUGGCUCUGGGCCCCUCUCUGUCCCACCUUGCACAAAGGAGCCCCUCAGACCAGGCCCUUGUCUGUGCCCCGUCCCCACCCAGGAGCCAUCAUCAGCGUCUGUGGCCACAAUCCUGUACUGUUCCUUCCAACCCUGAUAAAAGGAGGUCUGCACGAAAGCAAAAGCUACUGUCUAUUUCUGACCCAGCUCAUGGGAUUUUUUCAUCUUACACUGAGCUCCAGAAAGGACGUAACUCAGCAUGGAUCACCAAUCAAUCAAAAAAUAAAUAAAUCACUAAGGAUUGGAGAACUCAUAGAACAAGGUGAAAGACACGAGUCCCCUCCCAAAGUCUGAGUGCACGAAAAUUUCUCCCUUGCCUUGAGGAGCAGAAAAGCUUCUGAUGGACAUGGGCUUCUGUGAGACUUAUCACACAUAGUACAUCAUGGCAUGAAGCCUGGCACAUAGCAGGCCCUGCAUGUUGAUGGACGAAUGGAUGGCCUGCCUGCCUUCCCUGCCCAUCCACCUGUGCAAAGGCUUCCUCAGACGCUGCCACUCUGUGGCUCCCAAUAUAGGGUGCAGACAAGAGCAAUCCCUGACAUGACAUUAUAGGCUGGGAAAGGGCUGGCUCACUGAUGAGAAUGUGGAGGCAUCAGCAAGGAUCUCAGUGGGUUGCUCGGAGAAGUGGUGCACUAAGCCUCAAUCCUGGGCACCAGUACCCCUGCAGCAUUGCUUGCUCAGCGACAGUCUUUGAGUGGCAUAGAAUUCCAAAGAAAAUGGUGCUGGGUGGAGAACAGAGAGAGCAUGAUGGAGCAGCAUCCCAGUCACUGACCAACUAACUGGUCGUUUGAUUAGGAAACAGUUUGGCCAAAGCACCACCUUUGAGACCUAAGUUCUUUUGAUACCUUUGAGAAGAGCCAUUGAGGCUGAGUUGAAAUAUUUUUAGCUUAGUCAUCUGUGCUAUAGGAGAACUUGUAACACAAGAAAUAACUGCCUUUUUACAUGAUCAUUCAUAUCCAUUUACAUAGAUAUACUUGCAUACACUAGUACUGCAUUAAAAAAUGAGUUUGGGCUGGGCAUGGUGGCUCACACCUAUAACCCCAACACUUUCGGAGGCCAAGGAGGGACAAACGAACCCUUGAUGCCAGGAGUUCCAGACUAGCCUGGGCAACACAGG